UGAAAACACAGUCUCGCUCUUUCAUUUUUCCGCUCCUUAUCCCAUUUUUUCAAUCUUUCAUUUGUCCCUUGAGCUCGAAGGAAAAAACGAAAGUAACCUGCAAUGGACUCCACAUUUUCUAAUGAAAAAAUCCUUGAUCAAUUGAGAAGUGGCAGUGCUCAAUUUGAGCUGGUAUCUCCAUGUAUUCGUCCAGUUUUACAAUCUAAACUAUAUGAUCCCUUUCACCUUUCGUUGAAUCGCAGCUUUUUUGCUAGAAUCGGACCUCCAUUUGGUGCAGUGUCUUCUUCGAAUAGUUCUAUAAAAGUAGAGCGUUAUGCAAUUCAAAGGGUUACUGGAGAUGGCCGUUGCAUGUUUCGAGCUCUGGUGAAAGGCAUGGCCAGGAACAAGGGUAUCAAUCUCACACCACAUCAAGAAAGAGUUGAUGCUGAUGAUUUAAGAGCAGCAGUGAAAGAGACUAUAUGUGACAAUGAACAUGAUAAGCGCCACUAUAAAGAGGCAGUCACAGCAAUUACUGUUGAUGAGCCUUUGCACCGGUACUGCCAGCGAAUUGGAAGAUCUGAUUUCUGGGGCGGAGAGUCUGAGCUAUUGGUAUUGUCAAAGUUGUGCAAACAGCGGAUCAUUGUAUAUAUACCAGAAUCUGAGCAUAAAAGUGGCAAUUGGGGGUCUGGAUUCAUUCCUAUAGCAGAAUAUGGAGCAAACAAGUCACGACAAGUUGUGAGACUACUUUACAGUGGUAGGAAUCACUACGAUCUUCUCGUAUGAUAAAUGAUAAAUGAUAAAUGAUAAGUAAAUCUCGAUAUGUUCAGUAAAUUUGUCUUUGGUAAACCAAAAUAGCAUGCAAUAGGCACUUUUGGUGUAAUUUCUUUUUGUUGAAUUACUUUCACUUAGCUUUGUUCCCAUUUUUUAUUUUUUUGAAAAUGAUUGUUUAAAUUCUAAUUGGAUCAUGCUAUGUAAAAUUGAGUGAUCUAUUGUGUGUAUA